ACUCGAGUUAUGAGGACUAAUCUGCUCAUGAGUCAUGAUAAUAAUUAUAUGUAGGCAAGUCUGUAACCGAUCGAUCUCUUUCUUCAAUAUAUUAUUCAUAGUUGAAUAUCUCUGAACCACUCUAAUUAUUGAGACUAAUAAUACAAAGAAAGAAUUUGUGCAGGCAAGUCCGUGACCGAUAUCCUUCUCAUGGAAAGCACUCCAGUGAUGCUAGCACCGUGGCACUACCUCAGCUCCGCCGCCCGGUCACCACCGGCUGGCGAGAAGCCGCCGCCGCCACCGUUCGAGCAAGCUCACGGCAUACCGCUCUUCGAGUACACGGCAGCGAAUCCGGGCCACAGCAAGCUCUUCGACGACGCGAUGAACUGCGUUGGGAGGUGGACUCUGCCGGCUAUGUUCGAAGCAUUGCCGGAGUUGAUGGACGGGGUUGGAACCGUUGUGGACGUCGGCGGCGGGAACGGGACGACUUUGAGCGUGCUGGUGAAGCGGUUUCCUUGGAUCAAAGGGAUUAACUUCGAUCUCCCACACGUUGCCUCUGUGGCGAUUGAGUCUCCUGGCGUGGAACACGUCGGCGGCGACAUGUUUGAGAGGGUUCCGGCGGCUGACGUUGUGUUCAUCAUGGUUAGUGCUUUGCUUUCCUUAUUGUCGUAGUGUUUUACCUGACCUGACCUGACCUAUUUGUGGUCUCUAUUAUUUAUUAACAACCUGUUAAUUACUUGAGAUUAGAGAUAGAAAAUUAAUAAUCUGAUUUGUGCAACCCGACAUGUCGUAACCUGUUUUACAGUGUUUACCUGACUCAUAAUAAUUAUAUAAGACGUGACAUAAAUAUCUAUUUCUGGUUUGUCUAUCCCUGUCGUUUCUCACUCUCUAUAUCUACUUUUGUUUUUCCAUUUUUGACUAUCUGUAAAUCAUAUUUUAAAGCCUAACUAAACUAAUGGAAGUUUUAAUAAGGCCAAGACUCCAUC